UUGAAGGUUUCAAAUGGAUUUUUUCCUAAGCACAUCGAGAUGAUUGUAUGUUGGAAAGAAGAAAAAGGGACAGUUUCUGCGCUCGAGUUUUCUAUCCGGUGGUGCUACAACAACGGAUGGAAGAUUAGUGGCUCAUGAUGGAGUUCUUGAGGAAAUUUGGCCAUACAGCGGCCACUACCUCCCCACAUAAGAAAAUUUCAAAUAAUUCAUCAGCUUCCUUGAGGAACAUCAUGUGGAUCUCACCAAUGUUAAGAGAUGUGCAAAUGAUGAAGACUGCCCAUCAUCAUUCAGAGUUACCGACAGUGAAGUGGAUAGUAAGGCGGAAGUUACAGAGGGUUCAUCAUUCAAACUCACAGUUUAUAUUGGUUGUGUAUGAACGCUUUGGGGAACAUUAUGUCUCAUGUGUUUCAUGUUGGAUGCAGGGAGUAGUGCAGAUUUGAAAUA